AUGCUAGAAAGUUUAGAUGAUUCAGUUUUAACAAAACAGAAUCUAAGACUUUUAGAUAACAUCACAAAUUACAAUAAACCUGCAUUAGAUUAUUUUAUUCAUGAUUUCGAUUCUCAUAAUGAACUUUCACAAACUUGGUCAUUACUUCACAAAAUGAAUACCCAAAGGAAGAUUUUAAUAAGGUUACCAAGUUGUUCAAUAGAAAACGAAUAUGAUUAUAAUUUCUACAUGAAAAGAUUACAUCAUUGUUUAUGGAGACGUUGGGCUAUAGAUUUAAACAAUUUGAAUGAUUUAAAGAUUAACCCUUUAGACAUUAAUUGGAAUAAAGAAACCGAUGUGACUGUUUUAUAUGGUCCUGAUUUAAAAGAAUCAAUCUCUUCCCAUAUUCAUAAUAUCUUCCCAGCUUCACAUAAAUCAAACCAUGAAAAUGAUUCCAUAGAUAACCAUGACUUUUCAGAUGAUGAUUACUCCAUUGAAUAUUCUUCAUCUAUCUGUUCAAGAACUUCCACUAGUUCUUCAAUUUUUGAGAGUAGCCAUACUUCAAAUACACCUUGUCCUAAAAAGGCACUAAAAUUUAACGAUUAUGUUCUUACAAGGGAGAUAGACUCAAGAGGCAUUUGUCAUGAAUCGCAGACUUACAUCAACGAUUUAAGUACUCAUUACAACGCUUUAAAGAUUCAACAAGAUCAUGCUUUGAAGUACUCUAAUGAUGCCGAACAAAAUCAAUAUUAUUCAAGUUUAUGUUACUGA